AUGAGUGAGAUUAUUCCUCGCCCGUGUUUGGCGGUAGCGUACGAAGAGAGGCCAUUUUUCGUGCGAUACUGGCUAGAAGGCACCUUGGCCAGUUCCAAAAUGCAAGGGGUCCUGCGGGCACCAAAUCAGCAGAUUCCGUUGACCACCAUGGGCCCGGAGUUUGUUGAUCCUGGCAGAUCAAGGCCUUUGAGGCGGUUGAAGAAGGAAGGCGGGAAGAGUACUGAAGUUUACAGGGAGGGAUCUUGCGGUGGCUUGCUGCUUCGGUUCAUUGCUCUUGGACAUAUAGUCCAAGCAAAUACUGAACUCGCGCUCAAUCAAAGUAGAAUCCACAAGAUCUCGGCCAGAAGUAUUACAGUCACCUUGGUCGCAAGCUCGGGGGUCAACAAUAUCACGCUCAUAGCCUACUCGACGACAGGCUACGAGUUCGAGUUCGAUUCCCAGCAUGUGCACCAAGAAAUGUGGCCUGCCAAGAUAGCACUGAGAUUGAAUAGCCCCGGCCAGCAAAACAGGCCAGCGGCUCACGAUGGCAUCACGUCCUAUUGA